AUGUCUCUUGGGCAACCCCACGGAGCUACGGGCUCGACUAGUACACGUUCUAAAAUCAGCAAGCCGGAAGUACAACGAGCUAGGACUGGUUGUCUGACUUGUCGCCGCAAGCGCAGGAAGUGCGACGAGAUCAAGCACACGAAUGAGAAAGGCGAGUCUAAGUGCGCAUACUGCCUCUCCAAUGGGCUCACCUGCGAAUGGCCCGGGUUUAUCAACGUAUCGGACCAGCUGCUGAAGAAAAAGCCCGCCAAACAGCAGCAGCAAAAGGAGCCGCAAGAGUCGCAAGAGCUGGCCAAGGUGCAGUGGCCGUUUUCGCCUGUGGCUUCACUUACUGACGAGCACCCAGUGCUGAGUGCCGAGAUGUCUCACCAUAAGCGGGUGUCACCGCUUUCAUCGCUGCUCACGCCCACUCUUCCGUCCAGAGCUCUUUCUCCGCCGCAUUUUCCUCAGCCGAUUAUUGAGAAAACAAAUGCGCCGCCCGCAAUGUCGCCGUUUCCCGAUUACACCUCCUCGCUGACGGGAAUGUCGUCCGACCCACUCAGCAUGGACGCAUUCAACCAGAACUACCCGUCAACGCACGAGAACAGCUAUCUGGACCUGUCACACAUUCUUCGCGAGUACAUGUACGUGAACGCAUUCACGACCAACUCGAAGCUGGAGCCCCUACUGCCAAAGGAGGUGCUGACGGAGUAUUUCGUCAACGUGGAGAAGUUUUCUGUCAAAGAUUUCGACGAGCCCGUUGUGCUCAAGCCGGAGCAAGAGAUACUGCUGCUGAAAAAUUACGUGGAGAACGUGGGGGCAGGAAUGGAUAUGUUUGACACCGACAAGACCAUGGUGCGCGUGAUUCCGCAAAAGAUGAAGAGCCGGCCGGCACUGCGGUUUGCCGUUCUUGCUUUGUCGUCGCGCUGGUUCGACAGCAAGGUCGCCAACUACCCAAAAGGCCUGACUGUGUCUCUGUACCACGAGUCGCUGCGCCACCUGGCCCCCACGUACAACGACACAUCCAACGACAUCUACAUUAUCGUCACGUGCGUGAUCCUGUGUGUGUUUGAAAUGAUGAGCUCGGAGCCGCGCAACUGGAAACAACAUCUAGAAGGCUGUGUGUUGCUGCUGAAAAGCUACAACAUCACCGGGCUUGCCGUCGACAAGAUCGAGCGCGCCACGUUCUGGGUGUUUAUCCGCAUGGACGUUUGUCACUCGGUCAUUAACGAGUCCCCCACCAUUCUCCCGUCGGAGCACUGGGUGCUGCCCAACAUGACGGCCGAGGAGAUUGAAAAAGCGUUCGAUACGCCAGAGAUGCACGGCAACUACAUUGUUUACCUGGCUUCGCUCGUCGUGAAUCUGGCGUACGGCGAACAGGAAGACGACCAGUACAAGUCCAAGUGGCUGGACUUGUGGGUGCGGCUGCGACGGUGGGAGUUGAGCUUUGAAGAUCUGUUCAGCAAGACGUACGAGGUGUACGAUCCGAAGAUUGGGUUCCCACGGAUAUUCUUUGCCAACUCGCAGGCGAUCUCCUCCACGCAAAUGUACCACAUGUCGUGUAUUCUGAUGAUACAGAACAAGCCACACUCGCUGCGGCUAUCGCAGCUCUCUGCGGAAAACUCAAUGUAUCCGAGCGUAUCGAUGGUGUACCACGCGCGGAGGAUCAUAGGCAUUUCCAUCACAAACUCGGACUACGGCGCGUACUCGAACUCGAUCCAGCCUCUGUAUGUGGCAGGGCUGAUAUUGACGUCGCGCCAGGACUACGGCAUCCUACUCAACGCGCUGCACAACGUGGAGAAGUCGACCGGAUGGGCCACGCAGUGGCGCAUGAAUGACCUUAUGAAAUUCUGGAGUAAAGGCGACUAAUAAUAUUCAAAUACAUACUAUAUCAC